GCCAUGGCGGAGAAGGUCCUGGUGACCGGCGGCGCCGGCUACAUCGGCAGCCACUGCGUGCUGGAGCUGCUGGAGGCCGGCUACGUGCCCGUGGUGGUGGACAACUUCCACAACGCCAUCCGAGGGGCCGAGGGGCUCCCCGAGAGCCUGCGGCGCGUGCAGCAGAUCGYGCAGCGGCCCGUCCUGUUCCAGGAGCUGGACAUCACGGACGAGGCGGCGCUGCGGGAGCUCUUCAGCAAGCACUGCUUCUCGGCCGUCCUGCACCUCGCGGGGCUGAAGGCCGUGGGGGAGUCCGUGCAGAAGCCCCUGUGCUACUACAGGGUGAACCUCACCGGCACCAUCCGGCUGCUGGAGGCCAUGGCCGCGCACGGCGUGAGGAACAUGGUGUUCAGCAGCUCCGCCACCGUCUACGGAGACCCCAAGUACCUGCCCCUGGACGAGAACCACCCCGUCGGGGGCUGCACCAACCCCUACGGCAAAUCCAAGUACUUCAUCGAGGAGAUGAUCCGGGAUCUCUGCAGGGCGGAGAAGGACUGGAACGCUGUUAUCCUGCGCUAUUUCAACCCAAUCGGGGCCCAUGAGUCGGGCAUGAUCGGAGAAGAUCCCCAGGGGAUCCCCAACAACCUCAUGCCGUACGUGGCUCAGGUGGCGGUGGGACGCCGGGACGUCCUGAGCGUGUUUGGCGAUGACUACAAGACGGAGGAUGGAACGGGGGUCAGGGAUUACAUCCACGUUGUGGAUUUGGCCAGGGGCCACCUCGCGGCUUUGAGGAAGCUCAGGGAGAACUGCGGCUGCAAGAUCUACAAUCUGGGUACGGGCACCGGCUACUCCGUCCUCCAGAUGGUCCGGGCCAUGGAAAAGGCCUCGGGGAGGGAGAUCAAGUACAAGAUCACGAGGCGGCGGGAGGGCGACGUGGCCUCCUGCUAUGCCAACCCGGCGCUGGCCGCGCGUGAGCUGGGCUGGAAAGCCGCCUUUGGCUUGGACAAGAUGUGCGAGGACCUGUGGCGCUGGCAGCUGCAGAAUCCCACGGGCUUCAGCAAGAACUGAGACGGGUGCCCUGCCCGGCUGCCCCGGAGCUUGGCACAGACCUGCAUCCAUUUCUCCCCCUCCCUCCCUCAGCCACCCUCUGCAGUGGGCAGGAGGCCCCUCGGCCUCCUCUUCCUUCUCCCUCCCUGCCCAGGUCCUCUUCAUCUCAUGGAGCUGCACCACAAGGGAAGGCAGAGCCGGGACCUGGCCAGGACACACCAUCCCUUUAUGGGGAUGUCUGUGGGCCCAGCCCCUUCCCCGCUAGGUCUGGGAGCAGGGGGAGGCUCCUGGGCUCUCAGGAAGGUGGUUGGGGCCCCCACUCUCCCCCCAGGGCAGAGGUGGCCGCUGCUCCUGCACCUACCUCRUGGCCUCAGGCUGCCACAUCUUCCUCUCACCCUGCUGGGACCACAGUCACAGCCUGAGGCCGGUGGCCCCCAGCGGYGGCAGUGGCUUCAGCGGGGGCUGCUG